CUAAUGCCUGGACGUCAUUUUAUGCAUGUCAGAAGGUGUCCUAUGUCAGUGAUGUACAGAACCCUUGGUUACACAUUUUUUGUCAACAAGUUCUCUUUAAUUACUUUUUAUAUUUUUUAUAAAUGUUUAAGCAUAUUUUGAUUUUUCCAGAACUUAAGUGUUUACAGCCCCUUUGGGAGCAGCAGAAAAAAUGAAUAUGUUUACAAUAUACAUGUCAAUGUUAAAAAAUAAUGGUAUAAGCCAAUAUCCCCGUUAAUAACCUGUUGGAGUCUGUUGUUUGCACAAUAACCUGAAUGAAGUCUAUUUGGUAAGAGGUAAAGCAUUUUGAUAGCCAUAGUUUGUUAUUAUUAUUAUCAAUUUUCACAGUAGGCAUGUAUAUAUACCCUGAAUAUAAUAAUAUUAUUUGCUAAAAUGAGCAUUUUGACACAAGAACAGCCAAUUCAAAAGUAAAUUUGAUUUUAAUUGUAUUCAUCAGAAUGUUGGAAGCAGGAUGUAUUGAUUUAACUAGGCCAUGACAUUGCACUUCAAGAUCUUGUCCAUUUCAUGCCAUUAAUAGAAUGUCAGGAAGUAUUGAAUUAGUUUACCAGUAUUGUGGGCUGACUCAUUAUAAGUGUUUGUGUUGGGAAAUAAUGUAUUGGAGAAUGCUUAUGUGAAAUGUUAUUGUUUGAGUUAUGCCUUUCAUUGUUAAAGGCGGCAGGGGUCUUGUGUGUACUUGGCAUCAGUUUCAGUAUCGGCACCUACGUUUUGUACAAGAUAUACCACAAAUUCUUUCGUCCCACAUUUCGUCGCAAGCCUUCCAUAACCAAGAAUGAGGAUUACCCGACGACCUUUAAAGUCCCAAGCAAGCUCCCUGGUUGGUCGUACAGAGGUCACAACCAAUAUGACAGUCCAACUAACAAAUAUGGCGAGCAUGAAGUGUAUACUGGUGAGACUGAGAUGGGAAACAACGAGUCCUCUCUCUCCUCUAUCCCUGUAUACUACCGCUGUGGGGUCGUCUCCAUCAACAGCCCCGUAAAAGAGGAACACCUGCGUCAGCGCAAAUCAAGGGUCGUAAAUCAAGAGAAAAUCUUAAAGGGGAAUCUAGACAAGCAUCAAGUCAAUAGGCUGGUAGAGUCACAGCCAUUGCUGGGCGGUGAUGCAGUUCAUGUGCCAGAAUCAGUAGAAAAUUCCAGGUUGCAAAUAAGGGGUCAAAACUUGGGACUUCUUAGACUUAAAAUAGAUGAGAGUGGAUUCGUAGAAGAUGAAAAUGUUGACGAAAAUGUAGAAAAGCUGAGUAAUUCUUUGAAAGGUAAUUUUAGUCCAACUUCUUUGUGUGAGAAAAACUUGAGGUUGCAGUCAGAUGACGAAAGACUUGAUCUUGAGGUUGACACUUAUAUGCAUCAGAAUCUGUAUGAAGCAGAGUUUGGUAGUAGUAGAAACGCUGAACACCUAAUUGUAGAUAAUAAAUACGGGGCAAGUAGUGUGUUACUGACUCCACCCUCUGAGAACGAUUUUUCGCCCAAAAGGUUGAAAUCGGGUCAGCACAGCCGCCAGUCCACUAGAUCAGAUAUUUCAGAGAUACGCAGUGAAAUUGCCGAUCUAGAAUCCAUUGAAACAUUUGAAACUGAUGAUGAUAGGGACCUGUCGUCUAGCCUACCUGUUGACCAGCCAUCUCAAACAGUUGGUGACAAAGGUUUGUGUCCAAGGAAAUUGAAACGCAAACUGAAUGAAAUAGCUAACACCUCAAAGAGUAACAAUUCUAGUUCUUGUACUUCCCCUGAAGUUUCAGGCCCAAGGCCAGAAAGUGUAGGAGGGGAAAAGGAGAAUAGCAUAUCUGGCAUCAGUUCUCCUGAGUUAGACUUACUUUAUUCAGAGCAAUCAGAAGUUCCAAUUGUAUAUGCAAGUACUUUUAACAGGAUAGAAAAUGAUAUUCAUGUUGUUCAGGAUGAGUUCGAGACAAUAAGCAAAGACAUUCAGACCUUAGCAAGCAAAUAUUCAAAUUCUGACAAAGAUCCUGCUGCAGAAAUACUACAAGAGAUCUUUCAACGGUAUCCUUCUAUCCGACUUCGGCAAACAGAGCGAGGCAUCUUCCUUGAAAAGGAACCUUCCAGUGAGUCUCGAACUACCAGCGAAACAGGGGACGCGAGUAUUGACCUCUCAUGGGACCUAGAGAACAUCAUGGACACUAUAUUCAGUGAGAGUUUGGACCCCUUUCCAGCGGGAAACCUCUCCCAGCAGCAAGGGGACAGUGUUAACGUUUCUUCCGUGGAUACGAGCUCCAUAAGUUGCCCUGUAGAUCUGGAUGGGAGCAUGUAUGAGGACGAGUUUCACCUACAUUUAGGCACCAGAGUGUUGCCAAGAAUCGAGGAGCGCUCUGAAUUGGUCUCUCCAGUAGAUGGCGUGGAUAACCGCAUUGCUUUGGCCCCUGUGAUGAACAACGCAGUAACCUCAGAUUUAAAUGGAGGGGUCCAGGGGGAGAGGCUGAGUGAUGUGGAUGACACGGCCAGUGAGACAACCCCCAGCGACAGUGACACGUACAGCACCGCCCCCUUGGCCAGUGUCUCCAUCACAAAUAGUGACCCAAUCAAUACAGGCACAGGAAAUCUGAAAAUAGUGACCGAGAAAGUGGAAACAUUAGACAAGGAAUCGAAGACAAAGUUAAACGUGAUUCUCAAUAUUUGUGACAGAGUAUCAAUAGAGGAAUACGCAGACAGUGAAUGGCGAGGGGACACUCCGAAAGCCUGCCUCAUGAGACAGGCUUAUAGAGCUAUUCCCAACCAUUGCCGGUCCUGUCAUCUACGUCGGAUCAGGGGAGACAACUAUUGCGGUGUUAGAAGUGCUGUUGUUCAGACUUUGAUCAGUGGAUUACCUCCCUUGAACACUUGGUCUUCCAGAGAUGAUGCUAUGCAAGCGCUUGCCUCGGCCUACAAUUACAAAUCUUCAGGUCUUCGUCAAUGGACAUUUGCUAAACGCAGGGAUUUUACAACACAAAAUCAGCUUGAAUUGAUGAACAAGUGUCUGAACACGUACUAUGCAAAGAUUGAACAGAUGAAAGAACAUUCCAGCAAUGCAGACAAGGAACAAUCCUUGGUGGACUCUCUGAACUCUGACCCUGACUGUGACCUUGACCUUAUGGAAGGAGUCAAACUGCUGAUGGCACUGAGUGCACUACGUCUCCAUGGUGAUAUGGAGCAGGGCAGGAAUGUGCCUGUGUUUGCAUGGCUGCUGUUUGCGAGGGACACCUCGGAGAGUGUGGCAGCAUUCAUUAAAAACCAUCUUAAUAGUGUCGGCAAUUCUGGUGGACUGGAACAGGUGGAAAUGUGCCUGUUAGGUUACAGCCUGGGUGUCCGUAUUAGAGUUCUCCGCCUGAGUCAGUUUAACGAGGAAGAUUUUGUAGCCUACUACCCUGAGGACGGCACUGACUCUUGGCCUGUUGUCACUUUGUUAGCAGAAGAUGAUAGGCACUACAAUAUUCCUGUGUUGUGAUAAUAGCAAAUAUACCUGUUAUCUGUUUAUUAAACUGAUGUUAGUUGUGAUAUAAAUAUAUGAUGGUUUGGGAGUUUAUCCCUUGUAAUUGGCGUUUUCUGCAUGUUUUUGGAAUUAUUGGUAGGCCAAAUUACGGUCAUUAUUCAGUUGAGCUCAUUAUAAAUUUUUAUGUAUUAUUUGGUUUGCUAUUUUUUCAGCAAUAUUCCAUACAGUGCCAUUUUAUUGUUCUCAGCAAAUCACUGGCUUAGGUAUGCAUAAUAUUUAUACCCCCAUUACCAUUGGUAAUGGGGUCUAUAUAGGAGUCACUUUGUCGGUCGGUAGGUCUGUCGGUCUGUCCUGACAUUUCAUCCGAUCUUCACCAAACUUGGUCACAAGUUGUAUCUUGAUGAUGUAUAGGUCAAGUUUGAAUAUGGAUCAUGCCGGGUCAAAAACUAGGUCAUGGGGUCACUUAGUGUGUUUUAAAUGGAAAGUUUGUCCGGACCAUAACUACGUCAUCUAUCGUUAGAUUUUAAAAUAACUUAGUACAUUUGUUCACCAUCAUGGGACGGUGUGUCGUGUGAAAAAAGUACGUUGAUAUCUCCAAGGUCAAGGUCACACUUGGAGUUCAAGGGUCAAAUGCUUGUCCGGGCCAUAACUUUUUCAUUUAUUGUGAGAUUUUAAAUCAUUUGGCCAAUUUGUUCACCAUCAUGGGAUGGUGUGUCGCGCGAAAGAUCUACGUCGAUAUAAUGAAGGUCAAGGUCACACUUUGAGUUCAAAGAUUAAAAAUGGCCAUAAAUGAGCUUGUCUGGGCAAUAACUAUGUCGUUCAUUGUGAGAUUUUAAAAUCAUUUGUCAUAUUUGUUCACCAUCAGUGGAUGGUGUGUAGCGCAAAAGAAUUACGUCGAUAUUUCCAAGGUCAAGGUCACACUUUGAGUUCAAAGGUCAAAAAUGGCCAUGAAUGAGCUUGUCCGGGCCAUAACUAUGUCGUUCAUUAUGAAAUUUAAAAAUCAUUUGGCAUAUUUGUUCACCCACAUUGGACGGUGUGUCGCGCGAAAGAAUUACGUUGAUAAUUCCAAGGUCAAGGUCACACUGAGCUCAAAGGUCAAAAUGGCCAUAAAUGAGUUUGUGGGGGCCAUUACUAUUUUGUUCAUUGUGAAAUUUUAAAAUCAUUUGGCACAUUUGUUCACUAUUAUUGGACGGUGUGUCCCGCAAAAGAAUUACGCCAAUAUCUGCAAUGUCAUGGUCACACUGUGAGUUUAAAGGCCAAAAAUGGCCAUAAAUGAUCUUGUCUGGGCCAUUACUAUGUCAUUUAUUGUGAGAUUUUUAAAAUACCUGGUUCAUUUGUUCACAAUCAUUGAGCGAUGAGUCAUGCGAAAGAAUUAUGUCGAUAACUCCAAGGUCUAGGUCACACUUGGAAUUCAAAACUAAAAAAGUGGCCAUAAAUUUGGAUGGCAUGUCAUGCGAAAGAAUUCAAGAGUUCAAAGGUUAAAAUGGCCAUAAAUGAUAAUGGCAUUAUAAUUCUUAAAAAUAGCCAUAAAUUUGAUUCUCUUGUUUUGUGAAGACAGCAUGCAAAAUAGUCUGUGUCAAUGCGGCACGUGGGGGUAUAUGUCACGUCUGUGACAAAGCUCUAGUUUAGAUUCUGUUUUAUUUUAUUGUGUUCUAUCUCAAACUUUACAUACAUGUAUUAAUUAAAGCCUCAAACCAAAAUCUAAACAUAAGAAUUUUGUUAAAUAUAUGACACAAAAUGUAAUUAACAUAAUACAAAUUCAUUUUUUGUCCAUGUAUCCAAACUUAGGAUUCAGUAAGCUACCAUUAAAUCUCAGGAGCGCAUAGACCAAACGGUGUGUCUCUUCUUUUUGUACAUGUAUAUCAGUUUGUUCGAGGAAAUUAGUGCUAAUCCCCUUGUGUAGCAGGGGCAAUAAAACACAUCUGCACGUUUUUAUUGCGGGGAAGUGUACUGGGGGCCCUUUCAUGUGAGAAAAAUUUGCAGUAGGCCCAUUAUAUAAAAAAUCAUAACUCCACAGCCAGCCCCAGGGGUGUUAUGAACAUACAUGUAUUAUUAAAUAUAUUGUAUCACUAACCUCGUGGUCUUCAUUACCCCAAUUAUGGUAGAUAUUGAGUGGAUGGAACCAAACCUAGAAAACCCAGUCCUUUCCUAAACUUAUUUCGAGUCAUGAGGGUUUAGAAUGGCCAAGGUACUCUUGCUGACAUCUGCUGGCACCACUGUUUAUAUUUUGAAUGUAAAUUCAAAGUCAAAUGAAAAGACUUUUGUAUUCCGUUUUGUUUUUCUAACUUUAAGUAGUGUCUGUUUACCAACAACCGCGUUAUUUUGUACAUAUUUGCACUUAAAAAACUUAACAUGUUGGCAAUGUCAAAUUCUUUAUCAUGUUUUCAAAAAAAAAUUAGACUGCAUAUUGAUACUUUUGUAAUAAUUUAAAAUGUUACAAAACAACCAUGUGCUGUGUAGUGCAAAAAUGGGUCUUAUGCAAUAUGCAUUUGUGAAGACAGACAAACAGAAAGACAGACAUUUCAUUCAAGACUUACAUACUCAAAACACAUACAUUUACAAAGAAUGUCAACAUGAUAAGAUAUCCUCAUUUCGGUAUUGAGUCAAAUAAAAAAGAAACAACAACAGUAAGGAAAAAGGUGAUAAAUUAACAUAAAUGACAAAACCAUUUCUAUAGGUUAGAUGAGCAAAUAUUUAAUAUACAUUUAAAUUUGCAAAAUAUAUGUAUAUAGACAUGGUUAACAAUUGUUUAAUAGAUACACUCAUUAUUUGCUUAAAAUUUUUAGAAAAAUAGUUAGUUUUUUUUUUUGGUGGAGCCGGGAUAGUAGUUUGGCUGGCUGAUAUAAAUCUAUGCAAGGUCACAUGUUGUCAUUAAUUGAGAUCAUGGUGUCUGGUAAUUUGCUGGCCGCAUAUGGCAUCAGACCCAAUUUUGCGUUACAUUUCGUCAUAGCUUCCCAGCAAUAUCAACUUUUCUUAAAAAGAAAUAGACUUUGCUACACAAGAUCACAGUAUGGCAAUGUCAUCUCACUAUAAGGUGCCUUAUGACAUUGUGCCCCUUUCUUUACAUCAUGUCCAUGGCUGGUUUUUAUUCCCUGAAUGACACAGGAAAGGAUUCAAAAUAAAAGUACUAUCUUGUUAUCUUCUUUUCCAUAAAAAAGAAGAUAUAGAAAACACAUUUUUGUCAAAUGAUGAACAUUAUUUGUGUAGUUCUUUUCCAGUCUAGGUUGUGGUUCUAUCUUGUUCUGGUUCAGAUUUUUUUCUGACUUAAUUCUUGCCUUUCGAUAGUUUUGUCAUCCUCUUUAUUGAUUUGUAUUUUAAUUAAUUUUUUUUUUGGUUUAUUGUGUAUAUUGUAUACUUGACAUGAAUUCUUUAUUCCAUAUUUCCCAAAACUACUCUAAUUUUCUGAGGCUUUAAAUGCAAUAAAACAAAAAAGCGGUUUAUGAAGUUAUCUCUUAAAUACAAAUCAUUUUAAUUUAAGUCCAGCAUUUGAUUAUUGAGUGAUGAUAGAACUGUUCUUUUGCUUCAAGAUUAGGUCAGAAAUUAUCGGUGGAUGCACCAUGAGAACUCCAUAAAUAAGCUAUUAAAGUUAUUGUUUGUUCUUUCGUUGCAAGAAUAGCCAUGAAAGACCUGCAUAUUUAUUAUCAUUGUUUAAAGCACUGUACAUAAAUAGAACAUUUAACAAUUUUGGGAUCAUUUAUACUUGUUGUUAUUUCUUAAAUUAAAGAGGAAAUAUAAUAAUCAAUAUAAUAUGUAUUAAUACAUUUGUAAUGUCACUGUUCAAACAUUAUUAAUUGUAUUUGUAUAUGUGUUCUUUGAAGGAAUUUUUCUGUUUGAACAGACUUCUUGUGUUAUUUAUUUUUAGCUCACCUGAGCACAACGUGCUCAUGGUGAGCUUUUGUGAUCGCUUUUUGUCCGUCGUCCGUGAGGCCACAUUUAUUGUCCAAUCUUCAUGAAAUUUGGUCAGAAGAUUGGUUUCAAUGAUAUCUUGGAUGAGUUGGAAAAUGGUUAUGUUUGCUUGAAAAACAUGGCUGCCAUUAGGGGCAGGGCAUUUUUCCUUAUAUGGCUAUAGUAAAAUAUUGUUAACAUUCUAGAGGCCACAUUUAUUGUCUGAUCUUCAUAAAACUUGGUAAAAAGAUUCAUCCCAAUAAUAUCUUGGAUGAGUUCGAAAAUGAUGCCGGUUGAUUGAAAAACAUGGCCGCCAGGGGGCGGGGCAUUUUUCCUUAUAUGGCUAUAGUAAAACCUUGUUAACACUCUAGGGUCCACAUUUAUUUUCCAAUCUUCAUGAAACUUGCUCAGAAGAUUUGUCCCACUGAUAUCCUGGAUGAGUUCAAAAAUGGUAACCUUUGCUUGAAAAACAUGGAUGCCAAGGGGCGGGGCAUUUUUCCUUAUAUGGCUAUAUAUGGCUAAAGUAAAAUCUUGUUAACACUCUAGAGGCCACAUUUAUUGUCCAAUCUUCAUGAAACUUUGUCAGAAGAUUCAUCCCAACAAUAUAUUGGAUGAGUUCGAAAAUGAUGCCGGUUGGUUUAAAAACAUGGCCGCCAGGGGCGGGGCAUUUUCCUUAUAUGGCUAUAUUUAGUAAAACCUUGUUAACACUCUAGAAACCAUAUUUAUUGUCCAAUCUUGAUGAAAUAUGGUCAGAAGAUUUGUCUUAGUAAUAUCUUGGAUGAGUUCAAAAAUGGUUACGUUUGCUUUAAAAUCAUGGCCGCCAAGGGGCGGGGCAUUUUUCCUUAUAUGGCUAUAUAAGGCUAUAGUAAAAUCUUGUUAACACUCUACAGGCCACAUUUAUAGACCGAUCUUCAUGAAACUCGGUCAGAAGACUCAUCCCAAUAAUAUCUUAGACAAGUUUAAAAAAUGAUGCCGGUUGGUUGAAAAACAUGGCCACCACGGGGGCGGGGCUUUUUUCCUUAUAUGGGUACAUGUAUAGUAAAAUCUUGCUAACACUCUAGAGGUCAAAUUAAUUUUCUGAUCAUCAUGAAACUUGGUCAGAAGAUUUGUCCCAAUGAUAUCUUGGAUGAGUACAACAAUGGUUUUGGUUGCUUAAAAAACAUGGCCAUCAGGGGCAGGGCAUUUUUCCUUAUAUGGCUAUAGUAAAACCUUGUUAACACUCUAGAGGCCACAUUUAUUGUCCAAUCUUCAUGAAAUUUUGUUAGAAGAUUGGUCUCAAUGAUAUCUUGGAUGAGUUCGAAAAAAAUUAUGUUUGCUUGAAGAAAAUGGCUUCCAAGGGGCAGGGCAUUUUUCCUUAUAUGGCUAUAAUAAAAUCUUGUUUUGUAUGUCUAUAAUUGUUUAUAGUGAAACAUUGUGAAUAUUUUUUUAAGUUCAAUUUGAAUGACACUUGCUGAGGGCAAAUGCUGUUAUCAUAUAUUGAUAUAGUUUACUCAAUUAGUUUUAAUAAUAUUAUCUUCAAACAUGGUGACAAUCUUUUUGAGCAUAAUAUUUUUUGCUCAUGGUGAACUUUUGUGAUCACCUUUUAUCAAUUUUCUGUCUUCCGUUGUGCGUCAUGAAUAAUUGCCUUGUAAACACUGUAGCGGCCACAUAUAUUGUCAGAUGUUCAUGAAACUUUGUCAGAAGAUUUGUCCCAAUGUUAUCUUGGAUGAGUUCAAAACUGGUUCAGGUCUGUUGAAAAACAUGGCCGCCAGCGGGCCAUUUGUUGUUCAUUCUUCAUGAAACUUAGUUAGAACAUUUGUUCCAUUGAUAUCUUGGGCUGCAAAAACCAGGUCAUUUCUUUUAUCUCAGGUGAGCGACUUUGGGCCUUUCAGGCCCUCUUGUUUUGUUAUGUCUUAAUUGGUUUGUCUGCAAUUAGUUUGUAUUUAUUCAUUUGUUAUGAAUGUAUAUUUAUUGGUUAGGUCAAAUGUCUUUUUAAGUAAUUGUCCUAUUUGAACCAUUUUUAUUAUUCAUUAAUUCAAAUGAAAUCUAAAACUAUAAAUUGGAUUUUCAAAUCAAUGUCAGUGAUAAGUGAUUUGUGUGGAAUGUAGAUGAAGAGCCCAUCUUUUUAUUUUUUGGUGGGGGGGGGCGUUAUAUAGUAUAUGUUUUUUGUGUCUGUCUGCAUUCUUUUAUUUGUAGCAUACACGCUAUUCCUUUUCAUAUUUUCAUAACCUUAAUGUUCAUUUACAAAAUAUGUUAUUUUUAUUCAAUGCUGUUAUCUAAUUACUCAUGCCAUAUGAAUCUUAUUUUAUUGAACAGAAGUCUGUUAAUAUUUGCUUAACAAAGUAGUUUGAAAUUUACUGACAAUGCUGUAAGAGAUUAAAGGGGUUUGCAUAACAUAUAGCAAUUUACAUGACUAAGAAAUUAUAUGAACCGUGCUCUGUGAAAAGGGGGUUCAAUGCAUCUUGUCAAGUGUCGUCCCAGUUAAGCCUAUGCAGUCUGCAAAGGCUUAUCAUGGAUUACACCUUUCGCUUUUAUGAUAUUUUUCAUUUCAAGAAAGUCUCAUCUACGCACUUGCAUUAAACCCCCUAUUCACAGAACACAGCUCAUAUCCAAAAUACAUGUCAUUGGGUUUUGUGCAGCUAUCUUGCCUAGUGUGAAGUAUUUGCAGUCAGGUAUAACUAUCUUAUGAUGAUGGGAAUUCAUAUUCAUAUGUUGCUUUUGCCUUCAUUUAUAGGAAUAGUGGUUGGCAUUGGCCUCCUACAGUCAGACUUAUUAAGUUCAUAGAUGUUAGACAUAUAUAUCAUGUAUGAGCUAUGUGUUUAUUAAGCCAGGUUAAUUUGUUAUGAAUAAAAAAGAAGAAAACUGCAAAAAGAAGAAAACUGUCAAAUAUUAUUGAUUACAAACGUAUCAUAUAACUUCCAAAAUGUUUGAGUCAAUAAAUUCCAUAACUCAGA